AUGUACAUUAUGACCCGCUUGCCCGCCCUCUUGCUGAUUCUUGUCGUCCUUCUUCGGGGCGGCCAUGCGGCUGUUAUCGGCACAGGAAGCACCAGUGCUGCCCCUCUACUCUCUGCCUGGGCCAAGGCCUACAUAUUCAGCCAAGACUCAGAGACGGUGACGUACGGCGCAGUCUCGAAUGUGACUGCGGGGCUGGACCUGGUGACGAACGGCCUGGCCGACUUUCUCGUCACCGAUGGUGCCCUCUCGUCGGCCCAGCUCGGUGUCGGCAAGCUUCAGAUACCGCUCAUCGGGUCGGCCAUCGUGGCGGCCUACCACCUGCCUUCUCUCGCCGCGACCGAUCCACCCCUCGUGUUUGACGGGGCAGUAUUGGCUGCGAUAUGGGUGGGCAACAUCACCUCGUGGAACGAUACGGCCAUCGUGAACCUCAACCCCUCCCUCUCGGGCAAACUCCCAACCGAGCAGAUCGCUCUCUCCUUCUCGACCGGAGACGCUGUGACGCACCUCUUCAUGGCCGCACUUUCCGCGUUCAGCGCCGAUUUCAAUUCAACACUCCGUGCGGCCGGUGGACAGUUUGCAGGCAUCGGAGGACUCUCGUCGGCCGUCGAGCAGUCCAACGCAACAUCCAGACUUGCCUACACCGAGGCGACAGCCAACAGCCUUACCUACGUAGAUAUCGGCACCUUCAACUCCCUGGCGUCCAGCACGGUAGCAUACGCGAGUAUGCGCAACGCAGCCGACACCACCGUGCGGGUCAGCACGGACACGGUGCAGAGCGCCAUGACCGACUUUCGGGCCGCAGUCCUCGCCGGAGAAACAACACUCCUGUUCAACGGCAACGGUACACAGAGCUACCCGAUGAGCUUCAUGCACUAUCUCGCUACGAACACGAGUAGGGUGACCCUUGACUGUUACGCCGUCGAACAAUACCUCGUCUUCCUGUCUUGGACGCAGGUGAACAACGGAGCUACGCAAACGGCUGUGGCCGGCGGCUACGUUCAGCUGAUCAACGGCUUCAGGAAGGUCAUGGUCGAUGCCCUGGGCACGGUGACUUGCAAUGGCGACAAGGCCCUGAGCAAAGCGUUCCUGAUCGUCAACUACAACGACGACAACUUCCAGCUGGAGUAUUUCUACCAGACCUCCCUUCUCGGAGUCACCAGCAUGAUAGCUGGUGACGUCGACUUCGGCACGACCAUCUCGUACCCCACAUCGGCGCAGCAGGCAAUGAUGCCCUACGUUCUGCCUCUCCCCAUCGGGGUCGGUGGCGUCGGACCGGUGUACAAUAUCCCGGACAUUGUCACGGACAAUCUCCUGAUCCUGGACUUCCAGACCAUUUCCGACAUCUACCUCAACAAGAUCAAGCGGUGGAACCACGCCAACAUCACGCGCCUCAACCCGACGCUCGCCAUGCCCGACCACGAUAUCAUCAUCGUGUAUGAGAACGCUACUUCAUCGCCCACCUACCUCUACACUUCUGCCCUCAGCCAGAUGGUACCCGAGUUUGCCGCACGGAUCGGACCCACUACCCGGAUAGACUUUCCGGUGAUUCACGAGGAGCCUCAGCGAACCCUGGCAGUGGCCGCCAGCGAUGUGGUUGGACCCAUGCAAUCCAACCCCUACUCGCUCGGCUUAUGGACCAACUACGACGUGCUCAACGUGCGCACGGUGCGAGCCGCCGCAAUGGUCAACGUCGCGGGCAAUGUGGUGGCGCCGGGAUCAGAGUCAUUUUUGUCUGCGAUGAACGACUUUGCCGAUCGGCCUGAAGUAACCACGCUCUUCCUCGCACCGGGCAAUGGAAGCUGGCCUCUCGCGACCUACAACUUUGCUCUGGUCAACUCCCGCACCACGGCGGUCUGCCAAAAGGCCACCGCCCUGGUCGACUGGAUGUACUGGUCUCAGACCUCCGCCGAGGGCCUGCAGCUCGCCAACGGCAUGGGCGUGACUGUGUGUGGGCAGUCGGAGGUACUGAUGAAGCGCCUGCUGGCCAGCUUCGCCAACAUCACGUGCGACGGUGUGGCUUCGUUUUCGCUCUUCGGCUGCGUCCACGAUGGCACCAUGUGCUCCAACCACGGCAACUGCUCCUCGUCAGGCGUGUGCCAGUGCGGCGAUGACUGGGAGGGCCAGUACUGCCAGACUCUCAAGAGCGAUUCGUCGUCAUCGGACAACCUCGGGGUGAUCUUGGGCGCCACCCUGGGCGCCGUGGUGCCCCUCUUGUGCCUGCUGUUCCUCUUCCUGAUCGGAGUGAUCGUGGCGCUGGUGGUGCACAUGGAGCGCAAGCGGCGCGUGAAGGACGACUGGGAGAUCGACGCCGAUGAGCUCGAAAUGAGCGAACAGCUGGGCGCCGGCGGUUACGGCACGGUCUACCGGGCCAAGUGGCGCGGCACCGAAGUGGCCGUCAAGAUGAUGCCCAGCGAGCAGAUCACGCGCGAGAUGGAGCGCAGUUUCAAAGAAGAGGUGCGGGUGAUGACGGCGCUGCGGCAUCCCAACGUGGUGUUGUUCAUGGCGGCCUCGACCAAAGUCGGCGAGAUGUGCAUCGUGAUAGAGUUCAUGGCUCUCGGCUCUCUCUUUGAUUUGCUGCACAACGAGCUGAUCCCGGAGCUGCCCUACGCACUCAAGAUCAAGAUGGCCUACCACGCGGCCAAGGGCAUGCACUUCCUCCACUCCUCCGGAAUCGUGCACAGGGAUCUGAAGUCGCUCAACCUGCUGCUCGAUAACAAGUGGAACGUCAAGGUGUCGGACUUCGGCCUCACCAAGUUCCGCGACGAGCUCAAGAAGGGAGGCGUCGGCCAAGCGGGCCAGAUGCAGGGGAGCGUGCACUGGAUGGCGCCGGAGAUCCUCAACGAGACGCUCGACGCAGACUACAUCCUCGCCGAUGUCUACGCGUUCGGGAUCAUCUUGUGGGAGCUCUAUACCCGGGAGCAGCCCUACAUGGGUCUGAGUCCGGCGGCUGUGGCUGUGGCGGUGAUCCGCGACAACAUGCGACCGCCGCUGCCGCAAGGAGACGACGCGAUGCCCGCCGAGUAUGCCGAGCUCGUGACCAGCUGCUGGCACUCGGACCCGUCGAUCCGACCUACCUUCCUCGAGUCCAUGACGCGCCUCAGUGGCAUCUCGGGCGACGUGCUCGGCACGUCGCUGUCGCACACCAAGUCCUCCAGCUCGACGUCCUCCUACCCGCUCGCCAUCAACUCCUCGACGUUCUCGCAAGGCUCGGCUUCGGCCCAUUCGUCGAGCUCUGGCUCGGGGUCGACGUCGUCUUCCAAGAACUUGGAUGCCGCAGGGGCUGUGGGCGGUGGUGGCGCGGUCAAGCCGCCCGAGGGCGAGGUGGUGAUCGUGUUUUCCGACAUCACACGCGCCGCGUCGCUCUGGGAUUUCAACGCCGAGGCCAUGCGCGACGCCACGCUGCUCCACAACGAGCUCGUGCGGCGGCUGGUCAAGAAGCACGGCGGCUACGAGGUGGUCUUCCUGCGCGACCGCAACAGCGGCGAGGGCUCCUUCUGCCUGGCCUUCAGCGACAUCGGCGCGGCGCUCGAUUGGUGCGGCGACACGCAGCGCCAGCUGUUGGCCGUCGAAUGGUCCGAGGCGCUGCUGGAACACCCCGGCGCCGCGGAAGAGUGGGGCGACACCGACGACCGGUAUCACCUCCUCCCCAGCAACUGCCAGUUAUAG